AUGAGGAAGCUAUCAGCUAUGGCGGCACCGAUUGUUGACGCGGAGUACCUGAAGGAGAUCAACAAGGCUCGCCGCGACCUCCGCUCUCUCAUCGCGAGCAAUAACUGCGCUCCGAUCAUGGUUCGAUUGGCAUGGCACGAUGCUGGAACCUAUGAUGCUCAAUCGAAGACCGGUGGACCUAAUGGCUCCAUCAGGAACGAGGAGGAGUACACUCAUGGUGCCAAUAGUGGUUUGAAAAUCGCUCUCGAGCUCUGUGAGGGCGUGAAAGCUAAACAUCCCAAAAUCACAUAUGCGGAUUUGUAUCAGCUUGCUGGUGUGGUAGCAGUGGAGGUUACUGGUGGGCCUGACAUCAGCUUUGUUCCUGGGAGAAAAGAUUCAAAUGUUUGCACCAGGGAAGGAAGACUUCCUGAUGCUAAACAAGGUUCCAAACAUCUUAGAGAUAUCUUCUACCGCAUGGGACUAUCUGAUAAGGAUAUUGUGGCACUCUCGGGGGCUCAUACUCUGGGAAAGGCUCAUCCAGAGAGGUCAGGCUUUGAUGGACCAUGGACUCGAGAGCCUCUGAAGUUUGAUAACUCUUACUUCGUGGAAUUGCUGAAUGGAGAAUCAGAGGGCUUGUUGAAACUCCCAACUGACAAGACUCUUGUGGAAGACCCAGAGUUCCGUCGCUAUGUUGAGUUUUAUGCUAAGGAUGAGGAUGCAUUCUUCAAAGACUACACUGAAUCGCACAAGAAACUCUCUGAGCUCGGUUUCAACCCGAAUCUCUCGGCAGCUAAAGCGGUUGCAGACAGCACGGUUCUGGCUCAGGGCGCGUUCGGGGUUGCGAUUGCUGCUGCGGUCGUUGCCUUUGGUUACUUUUACGAGAUUCGAAAGAGGAUGAAGUAG